CUUUUAGCCAUUUCAUUAAAAAGUCAUACAUAUGUAAAUAACAACACCGACAAAACAAACGAGGGUUUUUUUUGUAUGGUGUCUAUUGCUUGUUACUGCAUACGACUGCAUGAUCUGGCCAACGAAGAAUAAGUUAGAAUGUUUAUGUUUGGAAUAAUGUAAAGUAAAGUGAAGUAAACAAGAAUUCUGAAAAAUAUGUCGAGUAUUAGUAGUGAGGAGGAAAACCUAAGGGCGCAGGAACCGCACAUAUGGAAGCUAAGGAUACUUCGAACAGUGAGCGUGGCCUCUCUGAUUGCAUCUUUUGCCUUAACCUUUUUUAACAUUUAUCAUUACUAUUUCCAUUUCAUGGCCCAUGUGAACUGCUGGCACUGCUUGUGCCAGCAUUAUAUGGUUAUCGCGAUUGCCACUUCGGCUCUAAUUGGGAUACUUCUUUGCCUGGCCUUUCCUUUGGUUCUUAUAGAAUCAGCCCGAGGAUUUCGCAUAUACUUGCCCAUUCUCUUUGUGGCCUCUUUUGCGGAGUUUAUGUUGGCUAUGGUGUUCACCACCAAUUACUCAGCUGCCCAUGAUGUAAUGCGAAUUUGGGAGAAUCAAAGGAGCCUCAAGUACUUUGAAGUCAAUUACAAGUGCUGCGGAGUGAUUGGACCUGAUGACUACCUGGUGGCCGCAUUAGAUCUACCAAAAUCCUGCUACAAGGAUAAAAGUGGUCUCCCCAAAGACCUGUACACGGAAGGCUGCGCAAAACGAACACAUAAUUCGCCCAAUAUUGCAGUUAGCAAGAUUGUGUCCGGAGUAUUUAGGUUAGUAUUGAUCUUCACUUUGGUCGUAUACAUUAUUGUCUUGAAAAAGAGGAGCGCUCCAUUACGCUUACAAUAUUCACUUCAUCCAUCAUAUCGAGGACAGAGAUUUGAAGGCCGUUUCUUUACUGGAGAUUAGAUUUUGAAAUUUAAUAUAUAGAAUCAAAUAAAGUGUAUUUUGUUUUUCUAAAUAGUUA